AUGGCCAGCCGCCUCUCCGAAGACCCGAACAACAAGGUCCUGGUGCUGGAAUUCGGCGGAACGGAUAUCGGCCCGCUGAUCCAGAUGCCGGCUGCCCUCUCCUAUCCGAUGAACAUGCCGUUUUAUGAUUGGGGUUACGAAAGCGAGCCUGAACCGCACCUUGGAGGACGCCGCCUGGCAACUCCACGCGGCAAAGUCAUCGGCGGCUCGUCCUCCAUCAACGGCAUGGUCUAUGUGCGCGGUCAUGCGUGUGAUUUCGAUACCUGGGAAGAGAUGGGUGCCAGCGGCUGGGGCUAUCGGCAUGUGCUUCCUUACUACAAGCGCAUGGAGCAGAAUCCGCAAGGUCAGGAAGGUUGGCGCGGGACCGACGGACCGCUGCACGUUCAGCGGGGCACCAAAUGGAACCCGCUGUUUCACGCGUUCCGCGAUGCGGGCCGUCAGGCCGGCUACGGCGUUACCGAAGACUACAAUGGUGAAAAACAGGAAGGCUUCGGCGACAUGGAGAUGACGGUCCACAAGGGCCGACGCUGGUCAGCUGCCAAUGCCUAUCUGAAGCCAGCCCUGAAGCGCGGCAACCUGGAACUCAUAAAGGGGGCCCUGGUUCGCAAGGUUCUGAUCGAGAACAACCGGGCUGUCGGUGUGGAAUUCGAAAUCGGAGGGGAAAUACGCGUUGCCAACGCACAGCGCGAGGUCAUUCUCUCAGCCUCUUCCGUCAACUCACCCAAGAUCCUGAUGCUGUCCGGGAUCGGUCCUGCCGACCAGCUUACAGAUCUCGGCAUCGAUGUUGUCUCUGACCGCCGGGGUGUCGGUGCCAACCUGCAGGAUCACCUGGAACUUUACAUUCAGCAGGCCUGCACCCAACCGAUCACGCUCUACAAACACUGGAAUCUCUUUUCCAAGGCGCUGAUAGGCGCACAAUGGCUGUUUUUCAAAAAUGGUCUGGGCGCGUCGAACCAGUUCGAGAGCUGCGCCUUCAUCCGCACGAAAGCCGGCGUACAAUAUCCCGAUAUCCAGUAUCAUUUCCUGCCCUUUGCCGUGCGUUACGACGGUCAGGCAGCGGCGGAAGGUCAUGGUUUCCAGGCACAUGUCGGCCCGAUGCGGUCGAAGUCACGCGGCCGGGUGAAACUGUCGUCGAACGACCCGAAAGACAAACCCUCGAUCCUCUUCAACUACAUGUCCCACAACGAGGACUGGGAGGACUUCAGGACUUGCAUCCGUCUGACCCGGGAAAUUUUCAGUCAGGAAGCCUUCGCCCCUUAUCGUGGCAAGGAAAUCCAGCCGGGAGACAGCGUGCAGAGCGACGUAGCGCUCGACGACUUUAUCCGGGAGCACGUGGAAAGCGCUUAUCAUCCGUGCGGCACAUGCAAGAUGGGCGCUUCAGACGACCCGAUGGCGGUGGUCGAUCCCGAGUGCCGUGUCAUCGGUGUCGAGGGUCUGCGCGUGGCGGACAGCUCGAUCUUUCCGCAAAUCACCAAUGGCAACCUCAACGGACCGUCCAUUAUGGUUGGCGAGAAGGCAGCCGAUCAUAUCCUUGGCAAGGAUCCGCUGCCGCCUUCGAACCAGCAACCGUGGAUCCAUCCGGACUGGGAAAACAGUCAACGUUAA